UCAACAGCAACUACUGAGUCUUGAGCUAUAAAAAGCGGCCUACAUUGAUUUAAAGAAUAUCAAGAACACCCAAAGAGAAGGCAACAUAUGGGCGAUUAUCUUCAAUAGAAGAGAUUUAUAUACAAUAAGAUAUGUUGCGUAAGCACCUCCUUCCGUCCCUGAUUCUUCUUUUCACUAGUGCAGUUGUUGAGCCUAGCACACAUUGGUUACUGAAUGCAGACGGUUUAAUUAUACCACAGCUAACAUCGCCCUUCUAUCUUCGUCGAUCGUACGAUCUGAUUGCAUUUCUGAAUCAAAAUGUGUACAAACAAAAAAUAGAUGUUGUUAUUGGCGAGUUGUUGGCAAUCAAAUCGAAUCUCACGCAAAAAAUGAACAAUCUAGAUCAAUACACUAAUGAGUUGACGGAUAAAAUCAGUUGCAUUCCAGACUACUAUCUCGGCGAAGCGGAUAUCCUAAGUACGAUCGUUAACCCUGGCUACGUUACUCGUAUCGGCAAAUUAACCGAUAAGUCAAUUGUUGCAAAUGACGAUCACAGUUCCUUGUCCAUAUCUGGUAGAACGUCGAAGCAGAUAGAAGUUCCGACAUGUAGCGAGUUCUAUCCGAUGGAUGUCAGUGUGGCGGCUUUUGAUCAUCUGAAAGGUGUUCAUAAUCGUUCCAAACUGAAGAUGGCCCCAGAAGAAGUACUCAUGGGUCUCCAGUAUAAUAUACCACAGCUUUUAGCCGAUGGGCUUCGCUGGAAUCCUUUCUCGUGGAAGAUGCACACCAUAGCAUCAUAUUACUGGCGUUUAAAGGGAAACGCGCCGGAAGCUAUGGAGUGCGCCCGACGAGCUGUUACGCUAGCACCUCGUGAAUCCAAAGACAUUGCACUGCUAAGCCUGGGCACGAUACUGCAGAGGACGCAACAGCUGAACGAUUCCCUCAUAGUACUCCAUGCAGCUGUAGAUCAUGAGGCAAACGAGCCGGAAAAUCAACUGGCUCUUGGUAACACAUAUAUGCUACUCUCCGAGUUCAAUCGUAGCUUCGAGGCAUACCGAGUAACAGAGAGUUUAAGUAGUAUAUACUCUAAACAAAUAGAUUACAUCAAGAAAUCUAUAACAUGCUUCAAAGUACUGAAGAUAAAUCUACUUACCAUGGAAAAGUUACUUAAGGAUAUCAUUCCUGGACUGGAACGGUACGGCACACUACAAAAUGAAUUCGAUGAAUAUCACGAGAAAUUAGAUCGCGAACAGGCACCACUGAAGUCUCGCGUAUUUGACGAAAGUUACAGCAACCAGAUAGAUUUUUUGAUUCAGCGAAGCCAAAUAUGUACUACUCGUAUGGCUAAGGACAGGGGUGAGCCAAUACUGUCAUGUGAUUUUAUAUCCGAUGUGCAGAUGUUGAUGGAAGAUUUUGCUGUCGAGAUACUCAACAACUACGUGGACCUUAAGCAGGAGCUAAUUAACACGUACAAGAUAAACUCGCUAGGGAUUUACAAAAACAUAUUUGUUGAACAUUUAUGAACAUGAUUUGUGUGGAAAUAGAAUUGUUAUAUCUGCUUUCUAUUGAAAGUAUUCUUGAUCGAAAUGAAGAGGCUUAUGGAAAACCCGGCUAAACAUAGUCGUUUUGUAAAUGCUUCCUUCCUCAACGCAGUGAAGGCGAUUUCAAUAUAUUUUAAAACACUUUA